AUGGCACGCCCAAAGCAAACAAAGCCAGGAGCACUCUCAAAUAACAGAGCAGACGAUGAAUCAGAUUCAGACGACGAACUAGCCACUGAACAAGAACAAGAACCCCUCAAGAAGACAACGGUUAAAGCAAAGAAACCAACCACAGCAGAGUCGUCGAGCAGACCCACCGUGUCCAGAGUUCCUUCGGGAAGUGCAAAGACUGCCAAACCAAAGACAAAGGCGCGGAACGAGGCCGAAAUGGACGUAGACUCGGAGGAUCCAUCGUCCAAACGCGGCGCGGUGGACGUACAGGUGCUCAAAGAGGAAAACGAGCGACUAUCUCAAUCUUUGCGCAAGCUCACUGCGCGAUAUGACGAGCUCCAGAAGGCUUGUGACGAGCUAGCAGCCAUGAAACGACCAGAGAGGAAUGAAAUGAAACUACAAGAGGCUGUAGACUCGAUGAGGAAUGUCGUCGAAAAGAACAACAAGCUGUUGGAUCUCCGCAGAAGUGACUAUACAAAGUCACGUCUUAUCAACAGUGACCCAAGCUCUGCUGUCGAGUUUGUGACACGGGAAUGGGCAGAACGGCUGCGAGAUGAACACAUGGACGGCGCAGCCAAGGAGCUUGCCGAACUCAGAGCGCAAUUAGAAGAAUCCGAGGCUGCUCGUAAAGAGGCGGAAAAGAAAGCAGACAUCGCUCGCAAGGACGCAGCAGAUGCACGACGGCAAUUGGGUGCACUUCAAAAGGAACUUGACAUGGAGGUCGCCAAUUCGAAGAAGCUGCAAGCGGAAGCGUCUCGACGCCCUCAUGCAACAUCCGCACAAACUACUACAACCGCUCCAGCAUCGUCUGCAUCUCGCGCCGUCGUACACGAACUUGAAAAGAAGAUUGAGCUGUACGAGAACAUGACCGAAAUGGUGAUUGUCAAUUACACGGAGAACAUCCGACAGCCGGGCAAUGUCAAAGCGGUCACGUUUACCUGUCUGCUAACAAUGAACGAAAGAGGUGUGUCGUCCUUCAACUGGGUUGAACAUGGACUCACUUUUGGAAAAGAGCUUCCGUUCAAGCUUUCGAUUUGGGACCAGGCUCAGAGCGACGAGUCCGACGAACGUGAACACGUCGUCUACUAUCCUAGUGAACCCGUUGACCCGAGUAUCGACCUCCAAUACCUGGCGAGCUCAUUCACGUUCCCUCGAUCCCAGCUUUCGGUGUUUUAUCAGAACAUUAUCAACGUCGUGUCGCCACCCGAGGCAGACGAGGACGAGUGA